GCAAGUUUCGAGUUUAGAGAUAUUUAAAUAUGGCACGUGCAGCCCCUCCCCUUUUAGAACUCAGCAAUGGGUCAAAGAACCUAUUUCCACCCAAAUCCAUGCAAGAUACCAGAAAAAUGAUCGAACAGCUUUGUAUCGACAUCAAUUUCGCUCACAAGGUCGGAAAAUUGGAAAUGUUUGUCGGUGGUAACAACACCGCCAUUCUAUUUACCUGCCUUCCUCUCAAAUCAACGAGUGAAGACCAACGAGUCGCCUGCGUAUUACGCACUUCCCUAAGAAAUCAUUUUAAAGGCAGCCCUCCCGUCGAUAACAACAUGAAAUCGGAGGUAUCUAUCACUGAUUACUUCCGCCAGAAAAGGAAUCUACCAAUCCCGCUCGUUUUAGCAUGGGAUUGUACCUAUGAAAAUAUUAUACAAUGUCCAUAUUCAAUUCUAGAACAAGUUGAGGGGGAAACACUGGAAUUCGAAUUUUUCAAGCUGCAUAAUGGGUUGAAACACAAGAUUCCACGAAAUUGCAACGUAGAUCGUCGUUGCAAAUUUGCCAGAUGCGUUUCUGUCUUCGUGGCUGCGAUGGACAAGACUGAACUUCCGGGAUACGGGCUGUUCAUCGCUUCGACCAAUAUGCCACACAAAGGGAUCAAACUAGAAGUCGAUUUACAGCUAAGUCGACAUUCCAUCGACGGUAUUAAGAUUCCCUCAGAGAUCAAAUUUGCCAAUUGGGUCAACAAUAUUCUGAAUGCUCAAAUGCAGAGAACUUCUGAUAUCUUUCUCAAAUUGUCACCAGUUGAAGUCUGGAAGAUUCAGAAACUGAGACAGAUAGGCUCGCAGAUGGAAGAAAAGGGGCUAUUAUCAAAUGAACCGGCCGUGCUGUGGCAUGCAGACUUUUACCCGAGGAAUAUCAUGGUCGAGAGUACUAAGGACUAUGCUCUGCUCACUGGAGUCAUAGAUUGGGACGAUGCCAGGGCAGUAAUUUUUAAACUAAUGUUCUUAUGGCUUCCUCGUAUUGUGGCCAGAAGUCCUCCCGCUUGGCUCUGGUCUAUGACAGAGAGCCAAAGUGAGAAGGAUGCAAUUGCAGCUGCUUUCUACGAUGAGAUAGAGAGGCUCCGCCCUGGAUAUAAAGAUGAUGCGUGUAUGCCUAUAAGAAAGGCAGUUAGAGCUCUAUGCAUGUAUGCAGUAUUUGGGGUGAAUUUUCAGCAUUACCUUGAGCUUUCGUUUGAUGCUUUGGUGAGAUAUUGGGUGGAUUUCAUGAAAAGGGGCUAGGAAUCUGGAUAUUUUUUUGCGGUUUCAUUGCGACCAAUUUGGGGAUAGGAUUCAGAACAAGGAUUAGAUUUGAUUGUAAGCAGGCGAUUGUCUCGCAUGGGAAAUAGACAAUGAAGUUCCAGCAUUUUCAACAUACCCCUAAAGAAACUAUGAUCAAUUUCUUUGAAGUUAUUGUAACCA